AUUUCCGGCUAACCUUUGCCUCCGGUCGUCAGCUGGGUGCGGGGAAUCAAUGGCGCUCGACCGGGCGCCGACGGGCGCGGGUGCGGGGAUCUCGGUGCUGGAUAUGCACACGGGCGGCGAGCCACUGCGCAUCGUCACCGGGGGCUUCCCGCCCGUCCUCGGCCACGACAUCCUAAGCAAGCGGCGCUACGUGCGCGACCAGCUGGACGGGCUGAGGCGGCUCUUGCUCUUCGAGCCCCGGGGCCACCGCGACAUGUAUGGCGCGCUGCUAGUUGGCUCGGAGAAGCCCGACGCCCACCUCGGCGUCCUCUUCAUGCACAACCAGGGCUAUAGCACCAUGUGCGGGCACGCCGUCCUGGCUCUCGGCCGCUACGCCCUGGAUUACGGCUUGAUCGCCGAACCCAACUCCCCUGAAACACAAGUCAACAUCCACUGUCCGUGCGGCCUCGUCCGAGCUUACGUUCAGUACGACCAGGGCAAGAGCGGACGUGUCCGCUUCCACAGCGUCCCGGCCUUCGUCUUCGCCACAGAUAUUCCUAUUGAUCUACCAGGACAUGGCAAGGUUGUGGUGGAUGUUGCAUAUGGAGGUGCUUUUUAUGCGUUCGUGAGUGCAGAUUGUUUUGGUUUGGAUGUUUGUUCCUCCAGGACACGAGACCUUGUAGAUGCAGCAGUAACUGUAACUAAUGCUGUGAAAGCACAGGUCAAGCUGCACCACCCUGAUAGUGAGGAUCUUGCUUUCCUCUAUGGCACUAUAAUAACUGAUGGCAAAGAUGCAUUUUCUGAAGAACCAACGGCAAACAUCUGUGUUUUUGCAGAUGCUCAGGUCGACAGAAGUCCUUGUGGAUCAGGUGUGACUGCUCGUGUUGCAUUGCAGUAUCAUAAAGGAUUUGUUCUGCUGAAUCAGAGUAGGACAUUUCAAAGUGGUCCAACAGGCUCAUUAUUCACAGGAAAAGCUGUUGAGGAAACAAAAUGUGGCAAUUUCAAAGCUGUUAUAGUGGAAAUAUCAGGACAAGCACAUUACACAGGAACAGCAAACUUCUAUGCCGAAGAUGAUGACAUUCUCAAAGAUGGGUUUCUUCUUCGAUAAAGUAUUUAAAACAGAAGUUAUCAUGUGUACUUAACAUUAAAAUCUUGGUAUCAUUUUAAAGUCCUAACUUUUAUUAAGUAUAAUUUAGUUUUUUAAUGUAUUAAUUCUAUAUUUGAAUUUCAGUCUUUAAAGACACUGAACUAUAUUAUUCAUGUAUAAUUAAGUUUGUAACAUAUAUAUGCUUAGUAGACUGAUGGAUCAUGUUUAAUUAUUUAUGAAAUAGAAACAAGUGUUAUGAUUCUACAACACACAUCAAAGUCGCCAGCAACUUUGAUGUGUGUUGCUUGAAUUUCCAGCAUCUGCAGAAUUCCUGUUGUUUAUGAUUCUACAUUUCUUUGUGGGUAAGUCCUAAACUCUGAUAUUUCAAUCUACACUGUAUGUAAUAGUUUUAAUUUUUAAUAAAAUAAAAUAAUCACUAUAAUAUUAAUUGUAAGCUCGCAGUGUAAGCAGAGAAAAGUUGUAGCUUUGAAGAUCUCCACUCUUUUAAAUCACACUGCACCAUUUUAAAUUAGUGACAUUUUUUCUUGUUACUAACCUUGUUUGCACAAUCAAAUUAGUAGUGAUAUAUCUGACCAAUUUAAGUGAUAAUGAUAAGGGUAGAUAAUGGCCAAUUUUAAAAUAACAGAAAAACAUUAUUGUUGCAGCACAUGUUCUUUAUAUCUGCUUUGCAACAAGUAAUGUGGUUUGAUUGUGUAAAGCAGAACAAGAAUAAUAGCUGGGUUAUUUGCUCAGAAUGCCUUGGGCUCCUUUCUGAAAAUUAAUAUGUGAAGUAAAAUAUUUUAAAAUUAAAUAUAUUUUUAGAAUGAGUCGAUAUAUUAUUCAAAGACUUUGCAAUAAAAUACAGCAGUAUCUAUUUAUUCCCAGAUAUGACUCUAUUUCAGAGCUCUAUAAACCAAAAUGUUUCCAGGUUUGCUGCCCAGCUCAAGCUGGCUCUUCAUAAAUACUUAGGUAAUAAAGGGAAAAUAUUUUGCAUUAUUUUGUGAUAGGUGCUUUCAGAAGUGUAAAUCUGGAAUUCUUUUCCUAAUCCCUCCAAUUUCUUCUGUUAGGUUACUUUCUAAAAUUUACCUCCUCGAAUAGGCUUUAACUGGCCUAGUAUUUAACUGGUUCAAUCAACAUUUUUGUCUGAUAAUAUGUUAUAUAAAUGAUAGCUGUUAGUCCUGAUUAUAUAACAACUCAUGCACAAACUGCAGAAACAAAUAUGUGGUUGUCUCAGGUAAGAUGGCUUACAAAGUUGAUAGUUUACUAUCUGGCUAUACUUGUCUGUGUAUUCAGAAACAGCUCUCAGCCUUGAAAGCUCAGUGUCACAUGCAGGAUAGUCCAUUUUUAUAAUAGCUUAUAUUACAUAGGAAGUCCAUGCCCCACUCAAAUCUUUUCCUGUCUUUCAUCUUCUAAACCACUGCUUACCCUCUACACCAUUGUAAUGCACUUACUGCUCUUGUGUAUAAAUUGACUUUUUCACUUCAACCACAAUCCCUAGUAGCAAGUUCUGUAGUUUCACCACCACUUGAGUAAAGAGGUUUCUUUCAAAUUUCAGGGUAUCAGCGGCUGCACCCAGUAACACCAAACUCUUCAUUUCAUAUUUGGUGUCUUGUUAUGUUAUGAAGGUCUCAAGUUAUGCUAUGGAAAUUUGUCUCUGUAUCCGGUCCAUCAAAACUCGUCUGCACUUGCCCUUUUUGCAAAGGGAGAGAGAUCCAGUUUGCCC